UGCAGGGGGGCUGGACGGUGUUGCUGCUGGGGCUGGCCGGGGCCAUGCCCCGGGCCACGGCGCAGACCCAAGGCCUGAGCCACGCCGAGGCCCUGGCCAUCGCCGUCGACAACUACAACCAGGACUCGGCCGAGGAGAACGUGUUCCGGCUCCUGUCGGCUGAGCCCCGGCCCGAGUGGGACGCGGACUUGGGGACCCCACAGGUCCUGAACUUCACCAUCCAGGAGACGGUGUGUCCCAAGGCGGAGAGCCCCACCCCGGAGCGGUGCGACUUCAAAGCCGAUGGGCUGGUGAAAGACUGUCUGGGCUCGAUCUCCACUGGAGGGGGACCUCCGGCUGUGGUUGUCACGUGUGAGCCCAAGGAUGGGCCCACCCGCACCAAGAGGAUAUUCCGCAAAAUAAUGAGGCGGCUCCGGAGGUCCAAAUGGACCAUCGAGAUCAGAGGUAAAGUGGAAAUCUGAGGACCCAGGGAGCCCGGCCGGGUCCCUCUCUCCUUCAGGACCCAGAAGAGGGGGCACCCAGCCCCGGUGCCCACCGUCGUCCUGCCUCCCCCUCUGCAGACCUUCGGAGAGCUUUCACCCCGAGCUCCGGGCUGGGCCACCCCUUCCCCCGGCCUAGCCAGCUCGGGGAGACCGUGAUCCUUGAGAACGACUGGGGGGUGGAGGGAAGGAAAGAAAUCAGGCUAUGGGGCAAUCUGAAUCGGGAAUAAAAAUUUAAGCACGGCA